AUGAGGACCUCCACCAGCAUUUCUUGUGCUCUUGCAGCUCUGGGAUCCGCCAAUGCUCUUCGACUCGAGAAGCGUGAUAGCCCAGCUGUAGUCUCCUUCCCUUUGGAAAAGGUGGACAAGAUCACUUCCAUAUCCCCAAUCUCCGAUUCCAAACGUGACACUGGUCCUAUCGAAGAUCCGAUCUUCCAAGAUCUGAGACAACUGGUCUACAUGGUUCAGCUCGAGAUCGGAACUCCUUCCCAGUCCAUUUCAGCUGUCUUCGACACUGGAAGUCCGAACUUGGUAAUUCAUACCACAAAGGACAAGUCCUGCGUGGAACCGGCCCCAAAUCCUUGCUCACUGUAUGGAGGGUAUGACGCAAAUGCAUCUUCCACCUACCAUUACGAAGACAGUAACUUCGCAAUCGAGUACCAAGAUGGAGAGAGCACCCUCGGAGACGACGCAACGGAUAAUGUUAUUCUCGGGUCGAAAAUCCUCAGGGAUUUCUACAUCGGUCUCCAAUACCAAACAGAAAUCCUCGAUAAUGUUCUUGGUGCUUCGUUCACAGAGGAUGAAAUGGCAAACUCACACAGCGGACACACCAAUCUCCCUCAAUUACUCCGCGACCAAGGUCAUAUCGCCUCCCGAGCAUAUAGUUUGUAUACUGACGAUUCAAACAACGGAAGUGUCCUAUUCGGCGGGGUGGAUAUCGACAGAUUCCACGGCGAUCUUGUUAAGAUUGAUCUUCUUUCCAAUCCUGAUACGCGCCCCACCCGCGUUACCUCCUUUUCCAUACCUUUGCUUUCUGUUUCGCAAUUCGAUGGCAACUCAACCACCGAUUUUGCAAGAUCCUUUCCGACUCGGGUCACCUUUGAUUCGGGAACCUCGCUCACCUAUCUCGAUCCCGUUCAAGUGCAAUCGAUCUGGACCUCUGUCGGCGCAGUCGCUCAUUUUGGCAACCUCAAUUAUGCUACGAUCCCAUGCAUUGCAGCUGAGACAGACAGAACCCUUGAUUUUGAGUUUGCGGAGGUCACUAUCAAAGUUCCGUUGAGCCAGUACGUUUUAUGGCACGACUCUCACAAUGAUAUUUGCGUUUUUGGGAUUGCCAAAGGGGAGCCAGAAGGCCCUUUUACCAUCGGAGUUACCACUCUGUCCUCCAUUUAUGUCGUCUACGACCUUGACAACAAACAGCUUCAUUUGGCACAGGCUGUUAGAAAUGCCGCAACGUCCAACAUCCUGGAAAUUAAGGGGGGACCUGAUGGGGUUUCUGCUGUUGCUGGCUGA